AUUUUUCCUUAAUCUUAACAUCUUGGAAGUUUCCACAACCAUGUAAUGAAGACCCAUUCUUUGAUUUGGUCUCUCGUUUCCUUGCUUUGACUUUUACUCUCUCACUCUGCAAUCUUGCAAGCCAAAGGAAGGAUCCAAGUGAGUAACACCAUCAUUUUCUCACACUUCAGCUCAAACCCAUCAAACCCAGGGUUUUUGAAAUUGGAUCUGAUUUGAGCUAUCAAGAUGGGAGGACAAUCUAGCAAGAUGAUGGUUGAUGCUAAUGAUUGCACAAAAAUGGGUGCCCAUUCUGUUUAUGCAGCUGAUUUGAGCUCAUAUGAAGCUGCAUGUGUUAAAGAUCCAAACUUGCAAAGUUUUGAUGAGUCCAUUAAAGAGAGUACUAAUAGGGUUAUUAGUUCUCUUGCUAAUGGUGUCGAGGUUAGGUCUUUAUCUUUCGAUUCGUUAAGAGAAGUUACUGAUAGUUUGCUUGAGAUGAACCAUGAAGUAGUUAAAGUGAUUUUGGAUUGUAAAAGAGAUAUAUGGGGUAACAAGGAUUUGUUUGCUUUGGUUAAUGAUUAUUUUGAUAAUAGUCUUCAAACAUUGGAGUUUUGUAAUUCACUUGAGAAAUGUUUGAGACGGGCGCGUGAGAAUCAAGUGAUGGUUAAGUCGGUAAUUACUUACUUUGAAGAAGAGGUGCAAAAUGGGCUUGAAGGAGGGACUUGUGUGAAGACGUUGCAAGAGCUUAAGAAUUUUAAGGAUGCCGGUGACCCUUUUACAGAGGAGUUUUAUUUGUUGUUUCAAUCUGUUUAUACGCAGCAGGCAACCAUGUUGAAGAAAUUGCAAAUCAGAAAGAGAAAGCUUGAUAAGAAAUUGAAAUCUCUCAAGUCGUGGAAGAGGGUGUCGAAUGCGAUUUUUUUGGCUGCUUUUGUUUCUGUGUUGAUUUUCUCAGUGGUAGCAGCUUCUAUUGCUGCACCACCGGUUGUAACAGCUUUGGCUGCGGCGUUGGUUGUUCCAUUAGGGUCAGUUGGAAAAUGGUGUAACUCACUUUUUAAGGGCUAUGAGAAGGCUAUUAAGGGACAAAUGGAAGUAGUUAGCUCAAUGCAGCUUGGUACUUACAUUUCAUUGAAGGACUUGGACAACAUUCGAGUGCUUACAAACAAAUUGGAAGUACAGCUUGAAUCUUUAUUGCAGAAUGCUGAUUUUGCGCUUAAAAAUGAGGAUGUGAUUAAGCUUGCAAUUGAUGAGAUUAAGAAGAAUAUAGAAACUUUUUCAGAGACAUUGGAGACUCUAAGUUCAAAUGCUGAUAAAUGCAGUCGACAGAUACGAAAAGCAAGGACAGUGGUUAUACAAAAUAUAAUCAAAAGACCUGGUUGAGAUGAGGUCCCUUUGCAUUGUUUUAUUGAUUAUUGUUUUCUCUUGAUGCCAAGGCUACAAAGUGGGAAGUAUGAUUCACACCAAAUCAUUACUCAAUAAGAUGCCUUUUAUAAAGAGAAAUGAAGAUCUUACUUGUGUAGAACAUUUAUAUAUUUAUAGAUAUAAUGUAACCCUUAUGUAUA